CCCUUCUUCAAUCGUCUUCUUCCCACCAAACCUACAGUGUUUCUCUCUCUUCCUCCUCCUCUCUCUAAAAUCACAUCAUCUCCGCCGUCUCCACCGCCGCCAUGGCUACCGACGACCAACUCAACAACCCACCUCAACCACCUCCCCCUGCUCCCUCUCUCCCCCACUACCCCGAGAUGAUUAUGACAGCGAUCGAAUCUCUAAACGACAAAAACGGAGUGAGCAAAUCGGCGAUUACCAAGCAAAUCGAGUCCACAUACGGCGAUCUACCCCCUGCUUUCUCUACGCUUCUCACUCACCACUUAGACGUCAUGAAACAAACCGGCCAACUACUCUUCGUCAAAAACAACUACAUGAAGCCCGAUCCCAACGCCCCACCAAAGCGUGGCCGUGGCCGUCCUCCCAAGCCUAAAGUCCCUCUCCCGCCAGGCACCGUCGUCUCUCCACCGCGCCCACGUGGUCGUCCUCCCAAACCCAAAGAUCCAUUCGCUCCCAUUUCACAGCCUAAGAAGAAAACCACCCCGGGCAGUGGAAGGCCACGUGGCCGCCCCCCGAAGUACCCGAAACCGGCGCCGACCUCUGCUCCAGUCGCCGGUCCUCCCAGAGGUAGAGGACGACCACCGAAGGUAAAGCCGGCCGUCGCCCCUGUUGGUUGUUGAGUGGAACCAAAAAACAGAGGAUGAGAGAGAGAAAUAGAGAUAGAGAGAGAGAGAAAAAACGAUGAAAUUGCUUAGGUUGUGUUUAGCUGCAGAGAGCUCUCCGGGAAUUGCUCUGUUUUUCAUAUUUUUUUUUUCCUAAUUUUAAAAAUUUUUAAUUUUACUUCUCUCCUUUUUUAAUGUGUAUUACGUGGCGGGUGAUGUAUGGCUGUAAUUCUGGGUGGGGGUUAGGAGAUUGUAAUUGCAUGUAAGUUAUUUUACUGGCUGUUAGGGCUUUUUUCCCUCUUUUUUU